AGUCUUUUACGGAAGUGGAUGCAGAUUUCCAUGCUAGAAUACCAGUGGUGGUGUGCAAAGAAAAGCAAAGUGGCCUUAUUUGUAAAGUGAGUGCGGGGAAUGAGAAUGCUUGUCUGACAACAAAUCUUUUGGCUACACUUGGAAAACUGGAACCUACUGUAGUACCUUUAGUGAUUGCCUUCAGGUACUGGGCAAAGUUGUGCUGUAUUGAUCGUCCUGAAGAGGGAGGCUUAUCACCUUAUGUGUUCGCUUUAAUGGUUAUUUUCUUUCUACAACAGAGGAAAGAGCCUUUCCUACCUGUCUACUUGGGAUCAUGGAUUGGAGGAUUCUCAUUGAACAAAUUAACUAAUUUUCAUCUGAAAGAAAUUGAGAAUGAUGCUGUGGUUUGGGAGCAUAACCCCACUGAUGAAUCUGACUUGCCACAAGAAACUUCACCUAGAAGGGGCAAGGUUCCCUUAGUUUUUGAUUCAGGACAGCAGUCUUCAGCAUCUGCUGGCCAGCUCUGGGUAGAACUGCUUCGUUUCUACGCCUUGGAGUUCAAUAUGGCUGAUUUGGUUAUUAGCAUACGACUCAAAGAAACACUGUCUCGUGAAUCAAAGGACUGGCCUAAAAAGCGCAUUGCCGUGGAAGACCCAUAUUCAGUCAAAAGGAAUGUGGCAAGAACUCUGAACAGCCAGCUAGUGUAUGAAUAUAUUCUUCACUGCCUGAGAGCAACUUACAAGUAUUUUGCCUUGCCUCACAAAAAAAGUGCAAAGCUGAGCAAAAAAUCCUUUCCAGAUGCCAGUGAGGAGAAAUCCCAAAUGCUAGGCCAUAGAAAAGAUGCUACAAAGCAUGAAAAUUCUGAGUUGCACAACCUGGAUGGUAAACCAAACAUAGCAGUAGUGGAAGAUUGCAUGACAGAGACUACAGGUAUACUCCCAGCACAUGGAAUUGAUCCUUCGAAACAAUAUGAUGCCUCAGAAAGCUUCACAGAAGAAGAAAUGGCUGAUAUAAGUCAUUUGAGAAUUGUCCAUGAAGAUUCAGACUGUAUAAUUGAGGAGGUUAUUUCUGGAGAUAAUGAGGAUUUUAAACCAAGUUGUGAAGAGACAGAGAAUGGAAAUGAAGGGGAAGAAGAGGAGGAAGAGGAAGAACAUGAACAACAAAAAAGAAGAUGGAAUAAUACCUUGACUACUGAGGAGGGAAUAGAUGAAGACAGUGAUAGUGGAGGUCUCCCUGUUACAGUGAAUGAACAUGAUAUGGAGACAUGUAGCACUUCAGACUUAGAAGGUUUUCAAAAUGCUGCACUUACAGAGAGUGAUGAGUUUGGCUUAGAGUGCAGUGGUGUAAUGAAUAACAAGAUUGACGUUGAUGAGGAGAGCACUGAAGGUACUGAUGAACUGGAUGAAUCCCCCCUAAAAAUCAUACAUUCAGCACAGAAUCAAAUAGCCAAAAUUAUUAACUCGGAUGAUGAGGAGGAAGAGGAGGAAGAACCAAGUAUUCUAAACCAGAGAGAGUGUGGUGUUAUCACAGGAGCUGGAGAUGAACUCGAUAACACAUGCACUGGAUCUGGAGAGGAUGAUGCACUGUCAGAGGAAGAGGAAGAUUUUUCUAUCAUUGAUAAAUAUGAGAACAGACAUUUAGAAGAACAUGUGGAUGGACCUCUGAGGAUCAAUUUGAGUCAAGAGGAUCUUACUGAAAAGGGAAACCUUUUUGAAGAGAACAGAACAAUUGAACAGUGUUUAGAAUCUGAACUCUUUUAUGAAUUCAGCAAACCAGCUUUUACUAAGGGCAAGUCUCCCACAAUAGUAUGUAGCUUGUGCAAACGGGAAGGUCAUUUAAAGAGGGAUUGCCCAGAAGACUUCAAGAAAAUUGAGCUCGACCCACUGCCAGCAUUGACACACAGAUUUUCAGUUAUUCUAGAUCAAAUUUGUGUCCAGUGUUACCAUGAUUUUGCUCCAAAUAUUGUAGAGGAUCAGGCACGUGAAUAUAUAAGACAAAACUUGGAAAACUUCAUUAGACAUGAUUUCCCAGGAACCAAGCUGAAUUUGUUUGGCUCCUCAAAAAAUGGCCUUGGCUUCAAACAAAGUGACCUUGAUAUCUGUAUGACAUUUGAUGGGCUGGAAACUGCUGAG